GAGAUGCGAGUGCACAUGGACUGCGCCGGUUGCGAGAGCAAGGUCAGGAGUAAACUCGAGAAGCUUAAAGGUGUGGACACGGUCGAAAUAGACAUGAACCUACAGAAGGUGAGAGUCACCGGGUGGGCGGACCAAAAGAAGGUUCUCAAGACGGUGAGGAGGACCGGAAGGAGGGCCGAGCUGUGGGAACUACUGUGCAACCCGGUGCCCGACAGCCCCGGUGCUCUUAUCAAUCAAUACCAAAUCAACGGUCCGCUCGCGUACUAUGCUCUGCAGCCUUCAUCUCAUUACAACUACUAUAAGCACGGAUACGAUAGCGGUGAGCCGAGGUACUACCAUCGGUAUCCAGGGCAUACGACGGUUUUCAGUCACCGGACCGGCGCAACGUUUAGCGACGAGAAUCCUCAUGCUUGUUGUGUAAUGUGA